AUGCAAGACACAGGAUACAUUGACGAAGUGUCUACGCUAGCAGUAGGGCCGACGGCACAACGGAACUGCAAGACCUUGAAAAAGAUCCACCAGAAAGCCGAACAAUGGGCAGUCAAACACGGUUUCCAAUUUGUACCGGCAAAAUACGAACUGGUCCAUUGCACUAGAGACCCUAAAAAGAACAGCACACAUGCUCUCCGCCUGCCGCACGCCACCAUUAAGGCCUCCGCGUCUUGUCGCUAUCUAGGAAUCCAGAUGGACACCAAGCUGCGCUGGGACUACCACCGCGAAAAGGUAGAGGCUGGGGUAACGAAGCGACUGCCGGCUCUGUCAGCACUCGCCUCCUCAACAUGGGGCACAGGGGCCAUCAAUCUCCGGCCAUGUGUACCGCGCAAUGGCCGUGCCCCAGAUGCUUUAUGGCUGUUCGGCAUGGCACAUCCCUGGAAACAGCUACACAAGCAGAGGAUACGCUAUGACGAGUACCAUCCAGAAGAUCCAGAGACGUGCAGCUCAGAUCAUCACAGGGGGCCUUUCGGACAACGGCCAGUGCGGCAGUUGACGACGAAUCUCAUCUACUCCCGGUGCAACAGCAACUUGAGCAAACUGCCUUGGAAAAGCCACGAUGCGCAUUAG